UCCGGCUGAAGAGUUCCAGGUAAGUAAAGUCACCUCGGAAUGUUGUCCUUUAUCUUUUUCUGCAAUCCCAUGUUCCAUCCUCCAGGCAGCCCGUUGAUCGAGUGUCGACCUCAGACUCCACCAUGUCAAGAAGCGGGCUUAAACCCAAGGAGCAGGGGUCAAUAACGAGGACGGCUUACCUAGUUCAGAUAUCAACACCGAAGUGCCGAGAAAACGAGCCUUUCCGUAGGCCUUCCAACAUCCACAUGCAAGUUGUUGACCAACACAUGAGUAACUCUACGAAUCUGGUCAAUUGUGGCGAUUAAUACGCUCGCCAAGUCGACUGGUAUUAAUAUGUUGAAAUUACAUUCGGCAGUGAUGGACAUGCUUCACCGGUGGGAGCAUGGUCUCGGUGUAUAUAGAAGCCGCCCACAUUCUCGAAUGCCACGUUUCUCUGUUCCUUUUGCUCACCUACCUCGCUCCGCUGCCCUUGCAGAUCCCUUCCCCCUCCUAACGCGGAAGCUUGCGUCUGGAACCCCCUUUCAUCAAAAGCAGACUUUAGCCGAUUACGAUGCUUCCCGUCAAGAUCACAGCCGUCCUAAGCUUGGCGGUCGUCGCUUGUGGCGCCCCCCUCGACACCCCUCUCGAGGCUCGUGACGCCGGAGAUGUGCUCGCAGACCUGCAAGCCCAAGCCAUGGAGAAUUUGAAGGCGGCUGAAGCAAAUGGGACCAUUUCCAAGCGUGGGUGCAACCUCUUCAACGCCAGUGUUCGCAGGGAUUGGGCUGCUUUCUCUACCACGGAGCGCAAGGAGUACAUCAGUGCCGUCCAGUGCAUGUUGACGUCUCCUUCCAAGUCCGACCCUUCCUUCGCACCAGGAGCCCGCAACCGAUAUGACGACUUCGUUGCCGUCCAUAUCAACCAGACUCGGACCAUUCAUGGUACGGGCAACUUCUUGACAUGGCAUAGGUACUUUACUUGGGCGUAUGAGAAUGCUCUAAAGACCGAGUGUGGUUAUAAGGGGGCCCAGCCCUACUGGAACUGGUUCGCUCACACCGAUGAUCCGCGCAAGUCACCAGUCUACGAUGGGAGUGAUACCAGUCUAAGUGGUGAUGGUGCCUACAUUGCUCACAAUGGCAGCGUGAGUGCUUCGCCAUAUGGCGAGAUCGCAGUACCAUCUGGCAAUGGCGGCGGUUGUGUAACGAGCGGUCCUCUCGUGAACAUGACCGUCAACCUUGGUCCAGUAUCUCCCGGCAUGGAUGGCAUGGACCCCAACCCCAAUGGCCCCAUGGAGUACAACCCACGUUGCCUGCGCCGCGACUUGAGCUCAUACGCAGCGUCUACUUGGUUGACGACCCCUAACCUGCUUAACGUCACCGUUGGUCAAGCUUCCAAGAAUAUCUCAACAUUCCAGAAUGAGCUUCAGGGUCGCUUCUGGGAUGGCUUCCUGGGCAUGCACGCUUCAGGCCAUUUCGUCGCAAAUGGAGAUGCUAGUGAUCUCUACUCCUCCCCGACCGAUCCGACCUUCUUCCUCCAUCAUGCCAUGGUUGACCGUGUUUACUGGAUUUGGCAAGCCCUCCACCUCUGGGAGGCUUUUGAGAUUGCUGGUACCAUCACGAUUCUCAACCUGCCACCGAGCCGUGACGCGACGAAGGAGGACAUAGUUGAGAUGGGCGUUUUGGCGCAAGAUCGCCCUAUCAAAGAGCUGCUGAACACUGUCGACGACACUCCGUUCUGCUACAUCUAUCUAUGA